CUUCCUGUUCAUGCCGGUGGAAUCGCGACAGACGAGCUUUCCUCCACAUAUUUUCAAGAAAAAUGGUAUUAGAUAUUGAAAAUUUUCGCGCCGACAAGGGCGGAUAUCCAGACAAGAUCAGGGAAAAUCAGGCCAAAAGAUUUAAAGAUGUGACUUUAGUUGAUAAAGUUGUUGAGGCAGACACAGAAUGGAGACAACUACGGUACCAAGCAGAUAACUGGAAUAAGUUAAAGAACCUAUGCAGUAAAGUGAUAGGAGAGAAGAUGAAGAAAAAAGAAGCUGUUGGAGAUGAUGAGACAGUGCCUCAGGCAAUCCUAGACGGUCUGGAGAAUAUGACUGCAGAGCAGCUCAAGGAAUUAACAGUGACCCAGAUCAAGCGCAUUCGAGCAGUUCUUGAUGAGAAGAUGGCUCAGUGUGACCAGAGGCGCGUCACUGUGGAACAGACGAGAGAUGAGUCGCUGAAAGAAAUAGGAAACAUGUGCCAUGAAUCGUGCAUUGUUAGCAAUGAUGAGGAGGAGAAUGGUAUUGAAAGGACGUGGGGAGACGUGGAGACAAAGAAGAAAUACUCCCAUGUGGAUCUGAUUGUAAUGAUAGAUGGUUAUGAAGGAGAGAAGGGGGCAGUUGUUUCUGGAGGGAGGGGUUAUUUUAUUAAGGGCCCAGUAGUCUUCCUAGAGCAGGCCCUGAUCCAGCUUGCCCUGAGAAUGCUCCAGGAAAAAGGGUUCACGGCACUCUACACGCCAUUCUUUAUGAGGAAGGAGGUGAUGCAGGAGGUGGCGCAGCUUAGCCAGUUUGAUGAGGAGUUGUACAAGGUUAUAGGUAAGGGAGCAACAGAAAAAGAGGACUAUGAAGAAAAAUAUCUAAUAGCAACCUCAGAGCAGCCCAUCGCAGCAUUCCAUAGGGACGAGUGGAUCCCCACGACUUCCCUGCCAAUACGCUACGCUGGAAUCUCCACGUGCUUCAGACAAGAGGCUGGCUCUCACGGCCGUGACACCAGGGGGAUCUUCAGGGUACAUCAGUUUGAAAAGAUUGAACAGUUUUGUAUCACCUCCCCCCAUGAUGGGUUAUCAUGGCAGAUGUUUGAUGAGAUGAUAGGCAAUGCAGAGGCCUAUGCUCAAGCUCUGGGCAUUCCAUACAGAGUGGUCAACAUUGUCACAGGAGAGCUGAACAAUGCUGCCUCCAAGAAGCUGGACCUGGAGGCCUGGUUUCCUGGCUCUGCUAAGUUCAGAGAGCUGGUAUCCUGUUCUAACUGCACAGACUAUCAGGCGCGGCGGCUGCGUGUGCGCUACGGAGAGACCAAGAAAAUGGGAACAGGGACAGAGUACGUGCACAUGUUGAACGCCACCAUGUGUGCCACGACCAGAGUGAUCUGCGCCAUCUUGGAGAACUACCAGACGGAGGACGGGAUCAUUGUUCCUGAGGUUCUGAAGCCAUACAUGCCAGAAGCGUACAAGGAGAAGCUCCCGUUUGUGAAGCCAGCCCCUAUCGAGGAACAAGAAACCAAGAAACAGAAGAAGCAGAAAGACAGUCAGAAAAAGGUGACAGAAAAAGUGGCAAAAGACGUCAAAGACAUGAAGCUGGAUAAUUAAUGGAGACAGCUACUGCUUGCCGCAACUUGCGAAUGAAAACAAAGCCAAAAAAUUAGGUCGACAUUUUUUUACUGUCCUUUGUUUCAUGGAAAGAAUCCGACGUGAUUUCACGAGAUCUCCCUGAUCCUCCAACUGAACUUCUUUAUCUCAAGUGGUUUUAUGUCAUGUGUUAUGCCCAAAAUAAACAUUCUCUUUUUUUUUUUGUGAGAGACAUUAUUAAUUGUUAUUUAACAGAUUUCUUUUUGUGGCAUCAUGUAUUUAACAAUUGGUUGGAUGGCCAAGUGCAAAUCUUAUUUAAAUUAAGAAGAAAAAGGCUAAGUGUUCUAUUGUUUCUUGCUCUGCCAUAAGCAAGUUGUGAUUACUGUGUAACAACAGGAAACAUUGUGAACUGUAUCCAAGAUGACGUAAAAACGAUCAUUUAAGCCUUGUUAUAAUUUAUAACAAUAAAAUCAUUCUACAAUUUGUUAUUAAAAGGUCGUCACUAUAAAAUCUCAGUUAUGAAGAAAAUAUACACAAUUUUUACCUGGCAAAUUUGUAAUGAUUAUUUUGAAGCCAAAGCAAAUAAAA